UUUACGACUUCCUGUGCGGUGUCACUUUACGGCAACAUGGCAGCCUGCUGUCUCGAGCUAUGAUCCCGUCGGCUCUUUGACCGUUACAGGCUGAAACUUCGUCAUGAAGACGGUAACGGACCGCACGAGACCAGACGGUCGUUAACGGAGGGCUCGUGAAGAUAAUGAUGAUGUGUUUUGGGAAGAUUUCCGGGCCGUUGUGCCGCAACGCAGCUAAUGUUCGCUGUCUGGUGUCUGCGCGCGGUGCGUCAUGGCGGCACAGAUACACACCUGUCACCGACUACACACCUAUGAAACAGUCCCCGGUUUGCGACUCGUGGCUCUGCAGAGUCAAGGGUACGGACGGCCGCGUCGCGUGCUGGAGUGGGAUCCUCCUCCAGCAGGUCAACGCGACACCUUGGCACGCGCGAGGAACCGUGCUGCUGCCCCGGGGAGGUCACGAGAGGUCGGUGGCACGUUUCCGGUCUCUGCUGCUGUCCCCGAGUGCCCGUGGGCUUUGCAGCGGUAAGACCAAGGAGACACCGGAGAGCUCUCCGGUGGAGGAGCGGAAUGAAGCCGGGGAUUCGAUACCGGGAGAAGGGCUCUUCAAGUUCAAAGAGCUGUAUGAGAACCCGUGGACAAUCCCCAACUUCUUGUGUGUGAGUCGGAUUCUGCUGGCUCCAUUCUUGGGUCACCUGAUCAUCCAACAGCACUUUCACCUCAGCCUGGCUCUGUUCACACUGGCCGGAGCGACCGACGUGUUGGACGGUUACAUUGCCAGAACGUGGCCGACUCAAAAGUCUGCGCUGGGCAGCGCUCUCGACCCAUUGGCUGACAAGAUUCUCAUCAGUUUUUUAUAUGUCAGUCUCACCUAUGCUGAACUCAUACCAGCUCUGCUGACCGCUCUAGUGAUUUCCAGAGACAUCGGUUUGAUAGCUGCGGUCUUCUGGGUCAGAUACAAAACUGUACCUCCACCGGUGACCCUGAGCAAGUUUUUUAACCCCUGCUACACCACAGCACAGCUGAAGCCCACACUCUUCAGCAAGGUGAACACGGCCAUCCAGCUCCUUCUGGUUGCAUCCUCUCUGGCUGCUCCAGUCUUCCAGUAUACAGACAGCGUCCUGCUGCAGGGCUUAUGGUAUGUAACAGCGGUGACAACAGCAGCCUCAGGCUACAGCUACUGGCACUACGGCCGCAAGACUGUCAAGGUGCUAAACACCAGAUCACCAUAGCAAGCGCACGAGAAAACACCCAGAAAGCAUUGCAAAAAGCACCGAACGGUUCCGGUAGAGACACUGAGCGGCCGUGGCAAAAGUCGGACAGACGGACGAUUGGCCAGGAGCUGUGAAACCAAGUAGUUGUGACAGUCAUGGCAAUGACACACGGUAACCAACCAUGGCCGCAGAUGGUCUACUGCAACACUACAGCAGCGCUGCCACUGGACCGGCUGUGGACUAGAGACACCUGCACACAGAUAGAAACUGCAAUCACAAAUAGACCUUACACACACACACACUCUCAAACAUACAUGUUAAGUAAUCCGGCAAAAGCUUCUAUUUUUUCUUAGUUUUUCAAUCAAGAGGUUGCAACAUCAACAUGAUUGUCAUUUUUGUAAACCAAUGAUUUCUGAUUAAAACAGAAAAUCUG